CGUCCUGGCCAGGUCCUGGAACGAUGCAUCACCCCAAACGCCUAUGCAAUCUCGUUUGAUGAUGGACCAGGACAGCUGACAGAUGAGUUGUUGGAUUUCUUGGAUGAUCAGAAUAUAAAAGUCACUUUCUUCAUGAACGGGGAUAGCUGGAAUUGUAUAUACCAAUCGCAAAGGUUACUUAGGCGAGCAUAUGCUUCUCAACAUCAGAUUGCUUCCCAUCCAUGGUCACAUCAAGAUCUCGAGUCAUUAUCCGAUAAUGACAUUCGGAAAGAAAUGCAUCGGAUUGAAGAUGCGUUUCGUCAGAUCUUGGGAGUGGUCCCUCGGUAUAUGCGGCCACCUUAUGGCGACCAUGGUCAACGUGUUCGUCGCGUCCUUGAAGAGAUGGGAUACAUCAUUGUUCUCUGGGAUGUUGAU